AUGGAGCAGAGGCACUGCGGUGAGGAGAGCCCCGGGCCUGGGCUUGUCCAGACCCCACAGACUGCAGUGUGCCCCCAGGUGAAGGCCAAGGCCUGCCCUGCAGGCUGGAGGGGCCCCAGCCUGCUGCUGCUGCUGCUGCUGGCACUGGCCGCUGCUGGGGCUGUGGCCGGAGGACUUCUUGGCUUUGCUCACAGUCCCCCCAAGCCUCUGCUGCAGAUGCUCCGUCUGACCCCCCCAAGCCCUGGGGCACCCCGGUCCAAUCAAACUGCCCAGGUGGAUGUGGCCCGAAAUGUAGCAACCAUCCGGGUGACCUCAGCUCAGAGCAACCGCAGCUGGGCAGUGCUGUUCGACGGGCACAGCGGCUGCGUCUGUUACCGCCCCUCGGAACACCCGGCCUGCUUCCUCUGCCCAAUGGAGCCCCGAGACCGUGAGACCCUACAGCUGCUGGUGAACACGUCCAGGGGCCACGGGCCCCCCGGCCCCAGCCAGGACACCCAUUACGCCCAGGAGCUGCUGGCAGUGCUGGGGAGCCGCGAGGUGGACCCUGCCCAGGUGGGCGACUCUGUGCGGCAUCUUUGCAGCAAGACGCCCAUUUACUGGGCCCGCCGAGCAGAGGGGCCCCAGAGGCAGCGGCUCAUCUACCUGUGCAUCGACAUCUGUUUCCCCAGCAACAUCUGCGUGUCUGUCUGCUUUUAUUACCUCCCAGACUAA